UCCUUCCUUUCUACCGAUUCCCAAAACGAGAAGGGAAUAAGGCGGAGAAGCGUCCGUGUGCGUGUUUUUAUUUCCUUCUCAAUCCGUCCGGCCAGCCUCUCCCUUUCUUCAUCCGAUCGACACACGCACGACGCCUCCUAAUCCCAAUCUUUAUCCCAACCCUGCAAGUAAAUCCGCUCCCGAGAGGUGGAGAGGGAGACGGCUUCUAACAAAUCCGCCGGCACUGCCACCUGGGAAACGUUUUGGAUUCGGUCUCAUCCAUCGAUCUAUCUUUGAUUCCGAGAAAUCGUCGAUUUCCCUUCGCAUACCCUAGCCUUUUUUUGCUUCGAUUGCUGUGGCACAAGAACCCUGUUCUCUCCGUCUCCCAUUUUCUUUUCUCCCCCCUUUUCCGACUUCCGAUUCCUUUCUUCUUGAUUUACAUACAGCCGAGGCUGGUAGUUGUGGGAUUGGGGAUCGAAGAGAAAAGGGUUCUUUUGGCCAUCGUUCUGGAAAAGUUUGGAUUUUUAGCGGCUGGUUUCGGUUCUAGGGUUCCGGUUUUAGGGGUGGAGGGAAAGAAGGGAAAAGGGGGAAGGGCAAGGGAGGAAGAUGAGUUGCGGGUCGGCCGUCACCUCCACCACCAACGAGGGGUUCGUCCUCGGGCGGAAGCUCCUGGUCCACGUCGCCGAGAACGGGCACAGCUUGGAGUUCGAGUGCGACGGCGCCACCCCCGUCGAGGCCAUCCAGCGCUCGAUCGAGGCCCUCUGUGGCGUCGCCAUGGCCGACCAGCUCCUCCUCUGCCGCAACACCUCGCUGGACGCGCAGCAGUGCUUGUCAUACUACAAGCUUCCGCAGGACGAUCGCGAGGUCUUCCUAUACAACAAGGCCCGACUCCACGCUGACUCCCCACGGCCACACCCCGAAGCCAUUGACGCCCCGAAACUCGCCCUCCCUCCUCCGCCUUCCCGGACCCAGGAUUCGCACCCUUUGGACAAUGCCCCGGACCCGGCCCUCAAGGCAUUGGUCUCUUACGAGCGCCAGUUCCGAUACCAUUUCCAGCUCGCAAAUGUUGUGUAUACAUGCGCUCAGGCAAAGUUGGAGAUCUGCAAGAGGUUGCUGAGGGAGCAACAGGUGCAGGGGAGGGCAUUGGAGACGGCUCGAGGCAAUCUGGAACACACGUACAGGAAGCUACACCAGAGGUACACGGAAUUCGUCAAGUGCUUUUCCCAGCAGCACAGGAACCAUUCCGAACUCCUGGGUAAUUUUGAGAGGGACUUGGAGAGGCUGCGGUCCUUGAAACUCCAUCCGAGACUGCAGUCUGGGAACCGCAAGUGCUUGUUUGAUCUCGUGAAGGAGGAUGACCUGAGAAAGUGGGUUGAUGUCUGCUUCAAUUCCCACCGGCAGUUUGAACUUAAAGUUUCGCAGCUGAAGACAAACUUUGGCGAACUCAAGAGAAAAUUGGAUAGUCUACUCUCAUCCAUGAACUCAGCUGGUUGGGGAGAAUUGGAACAUGCAAUUAAAAAUCAUCUGAAGGUUCUUAAUGACCAGAAGAGUGUAAUGCAGUCAUUGAGUAAGGAUGUCGACACUGCAAAGAAACUUGUGGAUGAUUCAGGUCUCCCACUGUCUGAAACACUUCGUCCUCAUGAUGCAGUUUCUGCCCUUGGCCGAAUAUAUGAUGUUCAUGAAAAAAGUCAUCUUCCAAAUGUGCAGAAUUGUGAUCAUGUUAUGUCAAAGUUACUUGAUAAAUGCAAGGUUAAGAAAAAUGAUAUGAAUUUGUUGGUUCAUCUCAGUAUGCAAAAGGUCAAAUCUGUUCAGUUUGGCAUCAGAGACAUGAUGAAUGAACUUCAUGCAUUUCAAGAGGUAAUGGGACAUCAGGACAAAGAGUUUGAAAAUUUAAAAUUUGUCAAUGGUGUGGGACAGGCAUAUAGAGCUUGCCUUGCUGAAAUUGUAAGAAGGAGAUCUUCUUUGAAGUUAUACAUGGGCCUAGCUGGACAAAUGGCCGAAAGGCUUGCAACAGAGAGAGAAUCGGAGAUCAGAAGACGAGAGUUGUUCUUCAAAACAUGGAGUAAAUACAUUCCAAAUGAUAUAUUAGCAGCUAUGGGAUUGUUUGAUUCACCCAGUCAAUGUGAUGUCAAUAUAACUCCUUUUGAUACAAACUUGUUGGAAAUUGAUGUGAUUGAUGUUGAUCGUUAUGCACCACAGUCAUCGAUAGGCUUGGUCUCUAAGACUGAGAAGGAUGUAGCAGAAAAUGAUUACUUGGCCACGUGUAGCAGUAGCAAUAUGAUUAAAUCUGAAGAAAGUUCUGUUCAUAAUGGUGAGAAGGUGGAGUUUUUGGAGGGUUGCGAAUCAGUGGAUAUCGCUGGAACCAGCAAAAUGGAAGUUGAGAAUGCACUAUUAAAAGCUGACCUUGCUUCGGCGAUUGCUAUGCUCUGUGCAAUUGAUGUUGCAACUCGAUAUGACCCCGUAGAUGAAGGCACAAAGGAUGAUAUGUUGAAAAACGUGAAGGAGAGGACAGCUGAAGCUCUUCGUGAAAAAGAUGAGUUUGCCAAUCGCCUUCGCUAUAUGUUAAAUGUGAAGCAGGAGGAAUGUCUGUCUUAUGUGAAACGGAUUAAAGAGCUCGAGCAGAGAUUAUCAGAUAAGUAUUCCCAAGGGCAGAAUCUUGUGUCUGUUAAAGAUGUCUCUGAUUCUGGCAUUUCAGCUUUAAAGAAUGAUGGCUAUAAGUUGGAGAGUUUUGGAGAGGGGGAAAGUCGGAUACCUUACACGUCAAUGAUGCCUAUGGAUGAGUUAUCUAGUACAUCUGGAUUGGUGGAUUCCAAGAUAGAGCAUGUGACUGGACCAAGUAAACCAGGAGAAGGUGGAGAUGAGAGUAUGACUGAUCUUUCGGGCACACUGAAUAUGCGUUCUGUUGACUCCACACAUAAUUCUAUGGAUGCGUCAAUGCUAGAGCAGCCUCGGGAUGAAAGUCAGGUUGGUCCUCUUGUCAGUGAAGUGAAAAUGAUGACAGCCCAGAUGACCAUGGAAAAAGAUUCAUCUGGUGUCAACACUGAGAUUCCUGUGAAAAUGUUACCUUGUGAAACUGCUGAUGAGCCAGUUUUGGAGUCAAAAGACCUUGUACAAGACCUGCAAAAUGCCCUUGCAGAGAAGUCAAAUCAGUGCACUGAAAUGGAAAACAAGCUCAAAGCCACUAUGGAGGAGGUAAACUCACUUAAGAAAGAACUGGAGAUCAGCCGAAAUCUUCUUGAUGAAUCUCAGAUGAACUGUGUGCACUUGGAGAAUUGCCUACAUGAAGCAAGAGAAGAUGCCCAUACUAAUCUAUGUGCUGCUGAUAGAAGGGCCUCGGAAUAUAAUGCCUUGCGUUUAAAAGCAGUGAAGAUGCACAGUUUAUUUGAACGGUUUCGCAGUUGUGUUACAUCUGGUGCUGCGGUUAGUUUUGCAGACUCAUUCCGAUCUUUGGCUCUGUCGCUUGCCAGUUCUCUCAGUGAGGAUGAAGAUGACUUUACCAGGGAUUUCCAAGCAUGUAUAAAAGUCCUUGCAGACAGGGUAAAUUUUUUGUCCCGUCAUCGUUCUGAUCUCUCGGAUCGCUGUUCCAAGGCUGAAGUUGCACAAGUAAACCUUGUGAGAGAGCUGGAAGAGAAGAAUGAGCUACUUAAAAGCUUAUACAAUAAACAUCAGUUAGAGAAACAGGCAAGCAAGGAGAAAAUCACUUUUGGUCGCUUUGAAGUUCACGAGCUCGCAGCGUUUGUUCUGAACCCUGCCGGACACUACGAAGCAAUCAAUCGGAGCUGUCCGAACUACUACCUCUCUGAAGAAUCAGUUGCACUGUUCAAAGAACAACAUUCCGGGCGACCAGCAUACAUAAUCGGGCAGAUCGUGCAUAUCGAGCGGCGGAUUGUGCGGCCACCAGUAUCCGUCAGGACUCAGCAAGGAGAUCAAGUCGAAGCUUCGACCGGCGAAACUACCAACAACCGACGAUCUAUAGCACAAGGGGCUGCCUUGAACCCAUACAAUCUUCCCAUCGGCUGUGAAUACUUUAUAGUGACAAUCGCGAUGCUACCUAACACCGUUCAUUCUACUUCCUGAUCUCGCUGCUGGCUGAAGUGAAGGAGGAUCAAUUGUACAGUGCAUAGAAUUGACUCUGGUGGGGUACCUUUGUACAUAUGACCGGUUUCGCACUUUCUUCUGUACAUACCAAACUCUUUUAUGACGUUAUUAGCAUGUGAAUACAUGUAUUUUUUUUUUUGAA